AUGUCUUUGGCCGUUGCUGCCCCCGUUUCUGCUCAGAAACACGACACGCCCCCACAAACACCGCCGUCAUCUGCCACAAAACUAGUCAACCCCGGCCUGUCUAGGCAACCCUCCGCAUCGUCUAAUAAAAGCAAAAAAAUCACAACACAGAGUUCGCGUCAAUCUACCGUAAAGACUCCUACGCGUGCUACCUUCACUGCUCAGGAUGGAGAUGAUGCGACAUGGGGCUCUAAUUUCUGGGUCACGCUUGUCGAUCCUCAGACAUCGACAUCCUUUUUUGCUUGCCCUGCGACAGGCCAGGUCAGUUGGGAUCCUCCUGUUGGGACCUUUGUUCUUCCCCCGAGCGCGGAUGGAGAGUGGUGGGAGCUAACUGACGAGUCGAGAGGUGGCUUGCCCUACUAUUAUCAAACAAAGACGGGCGAAACAGUAUGGGAACGUCCAUCUGGCUUUGUUAUUCCGUUGGGUAUCCUUCAGAAUACUGCCGUUGGCCGUCGCCUAUCUCAAACUACCUUUGAUCAUUUCUCCAAAUUGAUACCCAUAUCGAACAACAAGGAUGCAUCUCAAGACAAUUCUAAAUCACCUACAAAAUCAUCAUCGCACCCCGGUGGAAAUGUUGUCAAAUCAGCUAUACGAAAAUCUUCGUCAGGAGACCAUGCAUCUAACCACUAUUCAUCUACUUCCAAACGCCACAAUGUAAUCAGCGUACAACUAACACCCAUUCCUGGUUCUCCGAACGCCACCGAUGAAUCGUGUUCACCAUCUCUCGCUUCCAAGAAAUCCAUUCUCUCACAGAACGAUGAUGAUAUUGGAAAGCUAACGGUGCCUAAACUUAAUGAUUCUCCAGGCCGAAGGUCGCAAAGCAAUAACGAACAUUCUCGUUCCCCUGACUCAAGCGCGCGAACCCGUUCCAAAGGAUAUACUUCUCAUCGCUCUCCUCCUCCGCAAAGCCUUCAUGCCGCCCUCGAAAUUUUGACCACCCCAAGUAAUUCUGAAAACGGGGCACAAGAUGGCUCAACUAAUGCCGCUAGUAGUGUACAUGGUUACGGAUCAUCAAGUGACGAAGUUCCCUCCACCCCGUCCAAGAGACAUAAUCGGGACAUUCCACCGUCGCCUUCUCGACCUAUACCCGGGACACCGAAGUAUCAGCCCACUGUUGGAGGGAAGGGUAUCAGUAGUCCCAUUCUUAAUCAUGCUGCAACCAUGCAAAUGAGCCCUGAGCAUCCGUGGCAACACUACAAUCUGGGCACUACCUUUCCAAUUUUGCCGCAUGCACUGGCAAGCGAUAUUCAGCAGUUUUCGGAAUCCGACUAUGCCAAACAAUACUUCUCUACUCAUCGAACGGGCUUUAUAUUCAAACGUAGGGUACCAGUUGCCCAACUGAUGACUUACCAAAAACUUCCUCUUACGUCGCCUUUGUUGGUGCUGAAUCGCGCACUCAGUAAAGAUGCAGUGAAGAUGUUCAAAGUCAUUCAGCAUAUUAUGGGAGACCGAGAACGCGAGAAACCUAUUAACGUGCGCUACAAUUCUGAGAAUCAAACAUCAUUGGCCAAUACCAUUAAUAAUUCGACAACAUCACUCUCUACACACACGGUCAGCAUCCUGGAAGAGGAACGGUGGCUUAUAAGUGAAGGACUGAAGCAUGGAGAGCUCAGGGAUGAAAUUUAUUGCCAACUCAUGAAACAGUUGACUGGUAACCCCAUUAAAGAGAGCAUAUUCAAGGGAUGGCAGCUGCUCUGUGUUUUGGUCAUUUCAUUCCCACCAUCGAAGAACUUUGAAGCCUACUUGCAAGCAUUUAUUCAAAAGCACACCACUCAGCAAGAAGGAAGAGUAGAUGUAAUGGCAAAACAUUGUCUUCGACGUCUCGCCUCCAUAUCCAAAAAGGGUCCAAGGGGGAAGCCUCCUUCCAUUGCAGAAAUUGAAACAGCAUCGGAUGCUGCUUUCAACCCAUCAACUUUUGGGGAAUCAUUGGAUGCUACGAUUAGACUACAAGAACGAAACUACCCUCAUCAGAAAAUACCAAUUAUUCUCCCAUUUCUUGCAGAUGGUAUUCUCGCUCUUGGAGGAACAAAGUCGGAAGGCAUAUUCCGCGUUCCAGGAGACAACGACUCGGUUUCAGCCCUGAAGCUCCGGAUCGACCGCGGGUACUAUACUCUGGAAGGCGUUGACGAUCCCCACGUUCUGGCAUCUCUCAUGAAACUAUGGCUUCGUGAAUUAUGUGAUCCCCUGGUCCCAGACGAAUUAUAUAACGAGUGCAUUCAAAACUCAAAAGACCCUGAGGCAUGCGUACAAAUUGUAGAAAGAUUGCCAACAAUUAAUCGACGGGUUGUGCUUUUCGUGAUCAGCUUCCUUCAAAUCUUCCUUGAAGAACGCACUCAAAGCGUGACCAAAAUGACGCCUGCAAACCUGGCGCUUGUCAUGGCCCCAAAUCUUUUACGCUGCAAUUCAGAGUCGAUGUCGGUUGUAUUUACUAAUGCUCAGUACGAACAAAUCUUCGUCUACAACCUGUUGCUACAUCUUAGAUGUGACGAAUUGGAUAGCCAGUAUAAACCCGUUCACGGGCUCGGAGCUGUGGCUAAUGUCAGUUCGCCGAAGAAAUCCAGAAAUCGUUCUCGCCGCCCCGAACAAUGA